UCCAGUGAUGUAUCUAAGUGUGAUGUCAUAAUGGGAUUCCUGGUGAAAUCCAAUAUUCCUAGGAAAGCACAGGGAAGGGGAAAUCUGUUUGGUCAACAAUACUAUCAACCUCUUCAUAAAACCUUUCUAGAGUUUGUUGCUGGUUUCUACCUACUUUGCUUGGUUCGGGAUCAAGAUAUAGAUAAACUAGAAGAAGAACUAGAACUACUAUCGGGAAUGGAGUACACAUCAAUGGAGCAGCUGUUGUUGUACAGUGUUGAGAUGUUGGGUAAUCAGGCGCAUUUUAUCCUAGGCAGGCUGGGUUGUAUUACGCAUCUCAAGGAAACGACCAUCUUAGGAUUAUUGAGUGCCGCUGGUUUCACAGAUGAGAAUGUAAAGGCUCUGACCUCCUUUCUCAAUCUAGAAAAUAUUACGGUAAACUGCAGCUUGAGGGAGCUGGACUCCUGGACGUAUAUCUGUACCCAGUCCUCAAUUAUACAGUCCCUCAAGGUCCACUGGGAACCUAAGAUGCUCUCCUUCAGUGAUCCUAAAGUCUCCAAGUUCUUCCAAGAACUAGAGAAGAAGAACAAGAGUAUACAAUGUGUAGAGCUUUCCAUCUUUCAUGGAACUAUGAAGGAGCAUGCCAAUGUCCUGUUCAAAGAUCAGAAAGAUCAUUUUAUUAAAGAGCUAGCUUCAUUUACCAACCUGCUCCGAUCAAUGAUGUGUAAGAAGAACCUGAAAUAUUUGAAGGUUGACCUUCAGGUCAUACAGCCGGAUACAUGUCUCCAGGUUGAUUACUCUCAACCGAUAAUAAAUACAGUGGCUGAAGUUUUUAAAAUCAAGGGAUCAGAUCUAACAUUAACCAGCUUAAUUCUCAAUGUAGAUUUGGAUACAAACCUUAUCAGCACACUGUUGGCUGGACUAGAGUUCUAUCCCUUUAAUUGUUUAUU